UUGAACCCCAUUUCCGAAACAAAACGGUAUGGCGGAAAGGAAGCAAAAAAGGCCAAAAAAGACAGCGGCAAGCAUCAUCAGACUCCAACUGGAAUGCAAAAAAUGCGUAUGCCUGUGCGAGUAGGUGUGGGGCGAUGCAACUGGCACUGUCGAAUUGGAAACCAAAAUCUCAUUCCCAUUCCGAUUCCAUUCUCUCUCUCUCUCACUUACCCUUCAAGCCUCCCCCACCCCCCACACCCCCCAAUUUUUUCUUUUCUUUUUUAAAAUCCCAAUGCACUUAUUAAAACCCAUACGCAAACCCCACUCCCACCAACCCACUCAACUCCCAAAACCUCAACCUCUCUCUCACCACCACCGCCGCCGCUACCGUACCAAUGCACGGUCCAGAUCGAUGGCUCACCCACCUCCUAAUCAAUUCCGGGCCCUCCGAUCCGUGUCUCGGACUCGGCGGCUUAUUCCUCGACCACCAAACUAUUCCUCCCUCCUUCGUCUCACUCUUCGAUUCGGGUUCCCGGACUAUCCAGACCAACGCGGCGGUCAGGCUAAGAAGAAAGAGAUUUCGGGGCGGGUUCUUGUCGGUGGGCUUGUCGAUAAAGGGCGGCUCCGAUGUGGAAGUCAUGGGGCAAAACGGGAAUAAUAAAAGUUUGGUGGAGGAAGAAGAGGAAGAGGACCACGAAACGUCGUCGUUGUCGUUGUGUAAUAAAGAGGAAGACAAGGUUAAGGUUAAGGUUAGGGGAUCAUCGUCAGGUGCUUUCAAUGUCACCAAGCAUCUCUGGUCUGGUGCUGUUGCUGCUAUGGUCUCUAGGACCUUUGUUGCCCCGCUAGAGAGAUUAAAGCUGGAAUAUAUGGUUCGUGGGGAACAGAAGAAACUUUUUGAGCUAAUCCAGACAAUCGCGGCUUCACAAGGGUUGAAAGGUUUUUGGAAAGGAAAUUUUGUCAAUAUUCUUCGCACAGCACCCUUUAAGGCUAUCAAUUUCUACGCUUAUGAUACAUACAGAAAUCAACUGAUGAGAAUGACUGGGAAUGAAGAAACAACAAACUUUGAGAGGUUUGUUGCUGGUGCUGCAUCUGGAAUUACUGCCACCUUGCUUUGCAUACCUAUGGACACUAUCAGGACAAAGAUGGUAGCACCUGGUGGGGAGGCCUUGGGUGGUGUGAUCGGUACUUUCCGCCACAUGAUCCAAACGGAAGGGUUCUUUUCUCUUUACAAGGGCUUAGUACCCUCUAUUUUAAGCAUGGCUCCUUCUGGUGCAGUGUUCUAUGGUGUUUAUGAUAUAUUAAAAUCAGCAUAUCUGCAUUCGCCAGAGGGGAGAAAAAGAAUCCAAAACAUGAAACAAGGUCAGGAAUUGAAUGCUUUAGAACAGCUGGAGUUGGGUCCAAUUAGAACAUUAAUUUAUGGGGCAGUUGCUGGUGCUUGUGCUGAAGCUGCUACAUAUCCAUUUGAAGUUGUGAGGAGACAGCUUCAAAUGCAAGUGAAGGAAACACAGUUAAGUGCAAUGGCAACUUGCAUCAAAAUUGUUGAGCAAGGAGGUAUUCCUGCUCUCUAUGCAGGAUUAAUUCCCAGCUUAUUGCAGGUUUUACCAUCAGCUGCCAUAAGUUAUUUUGUGUAUGAGUUCAUGAAGAUAGUUCUCAAAGUAGAGUCCACAUAGAAGUGCAAGUCUGCUAAACGGUACAUCGGACAGCACUUGUGAUAGUUAAAUCUUUUCCAUAAUUUUUUGAGAGGCCGCUGCGCCCAUGGUGGGAGAGGGGGGGUGGGGGUUGCUAGGAUAAAGGGUGAUAGGAAAAAUGGAAUAUACAUGAUUAAAUGGAGCAGUUGAUGUUUUCGGAUGUGCUUCUGCUAGACAAUUGGAAUCAUUUUAAUUUUUGAAGCAAAAAA